AUGUCGGAAGUAAAACCUUCAGUUUCUGAGCAAGUGGUUAAGAUUGAAUCAGUAGAAUAUUGUGUAGAAGAGAUCCCAGUUGAAACCGCUGCGCCAAAUCAAGAAUUAGAUAAAUCUGAAAAGGAUAAAGAAGAAGAAUGUUUAGAAGAACCAAUAAUUGUCGAGAAAUUCAUGAAAACUGAACUAACAAUAGAUGAAGAAAAAAGACAGGAUGUAAGCGACGAUGAAGGACCUUACGAAUGUCACAAUUGCAAAAAAGUAUUCACUGAAUUUGAUGAAUUAGUUAUUCAUUCCCGGAUGACUUGCCUUAAAUCAUAUAAAUGUACGUUUUGUGGAAAAACGUGUUCUCAAUCGAGCCAAUUGACAGUGCAUCUCAGAACUCACACCGGAGAGCGCCCUUUUAAAUGUGAGAUUUGUGAUAGAGCAUUUGCUCUGUCCCAUCAUUUGAAACUUCAUAAACUUAUUCAUUCUGGUGAACGCCCUUUUAAAUGUGCAGUGUGCAAUAAAGCGUAUACACAAUCGAGUCAUUUAGCACGACAUAUGGUUGUUCAUUCAGAUGAGCUACCUUUUAAAUGUGAAAUAUGUAAUAAAACUUUUACUCAAUCGGGCAGUUUAACAACGCACAUGAUUAUUCAUACUGGGACAAGACCUUUUAAAUGUGAAGUAUGUGGUAAAGCUUUUAAUCAAACAAGUAAAUGGGUUGCUGAAGAACAAGAUUUGGCAGAAACAAAGGGUAAUGAAGAUACAUUAUUAGUAGCAGCUGGGAUACCAUUGUGA